UCCUUAACACUUAGUCUGAUUUUGUUAAACAACACAAUGAAUAAAACUUUGGUAUGUUCAUUAUUAUGUUUGACUUUUGUCUGUCAAAUUUUGGCCGAAGAAAAUACUAAAUGUGGUGAUUCUCUUGAAUGUUUAGAGAAAGAAUUAGUUUCUCAAGUUGACGUUAUUGAGCAACAAGGAAAUAUUGGAGGAUUAGUGAGCUUAAAAAAGUCUGACCGAUCGGGUAAAAGUGUUAAAGGAGAUGAAGAUUUAUUUGAAAGGUGCUUAAGGUUCCUGAGAGAGAAUGAACUUAGGGUUGGAAUACCAGACAGCGAAAAACGAAGCAUAGAAGCCGAAAGCCGCACUAAACGCCUAAGAAAAAUGAUCCUUCCUCUCAUUCUUCUUUUAAAACUUAAAGCUGCCAUUAUUAUACCUAUAGUGCUUUCCGCAAUAUCAUUUGUUGCCUUCGCUGGACUAAAGAGCGGAUUAGCAGCCUUUUUAAUCUCCGGAGCUGUAGCUUUUAAGAGCUUUUUGGAAAGCCAUGGACAAUCUAAGGUAUCCUAUGAAAUCGUCCCUACACCACACUGGAGUAGAACUUCCAUUGAGGAUACGCUACCGAUUGCUGGGUAUCAAACUAUAGCUUGAUAAAAGACCAGUACAUAUUUAUUUAUUAUUUAUUUUAUUUAUUUUGGUUUUGUAAAAAACGACUAAUAAAGUAUAUUAUUUUAUUUUUUA